CGGCUGUCCUCUCCGUCUGUCCUUCUGUCUCUCUCAGUUAGGGAACCCGAGCCCCGAUCGGGGCAAGUAGACGACCUCUCCUCGCUGGUCAGGGGUGCCCGCAGAGCGGCCGGGAGGAUUUUGGCCAAAUUGGGCGAGGGUACAAUAUUACCACUUACCCCUUCUCACCGAGGAAGAGCGGGAGAAAGGGUAAGCAUGGCGCAGUCACAAGGCUGGCUGAGGAGAUACUUCAAGGCCCUGUGUAAAGGCUUUUUUGUGGCCGUGCCUGUGGCAGUCACUUUCUUGGACCGGGUUGCCUGCGUGGCUAGAGUGGAAGGAUCGUCGAUGCAGCCUUCCUUGAAUCCCGGGGGAAGCCAGUCUUCAGAUGUGGUGCUUUUGAACCACUGGAAAGUGAGGAAUUUUGAAGUACAGCGUGGUGACAUCGUGUCGUUGGUGUCUCCUAAAAACCCAGAACAGAAGAUCAUUAAGAGAGUGAUUGCUCUUGAAGGGGAUAUUAUAAGAACCAUUGGACACAAAAACCGGUUGGUCAAAGUCCCCCGUGGUCACAUAUGGGUUGAAGGUGAUCAUCAUGGACACAGUUUUGAUAGUAAUUCUUUUGGACCGGUUUCUCUGGGACUUCUGCAUGCCCAUGCCACACAUAUCUUGUGGCCUCCAGAGCGCUGGCAGAGACUGGAAUCUGUGCUUCCUCCAGAGCGCUUCCCGAUCCAUAGUCGGGAGGAGUGACCACAUGAGAGGCCCAUCACAGGAGGAGCUGCAGACACCAGACGCCUCCUACCAAAGAUGAUGCUCCAGGCAAGAGACCUCUGUAUGUCUUUAAGGUGGUCUGGAAUUUCAAAGAAAGACUUUCAAUAUUAAACAGUAUUCAAUGACAACUGAUUGUGUGUUGUAUUUAAUUCUAUAUUGUUUAUCAUGAAAAAUAUGCAGGCCUUGGAGAACAUGAAAGCAUUCUACCUGUACAUAUUAAAGGAAGUAAAUUGGAGAAUAUUGUGCACAGUUAUUGAUGAGAUUUUUCCUUGAAGCUUACUGCUGAAAGAUUUUUAAAAUUAAUGUGCAGUGAAGAUGAUUUGUUUUUCAAUGUUCAGACAGAACAGGGAAAACUUCAUAUUCUGCAUAUAAAGAUAGUGAUUGCAUUGUAAUUGAUGGUAUCUACAGAACAGUGACUCCCAGUUAGGAAGUACCAGAAACUGUGUGUGAUGUCAAAUAAAACAGUGAUUUGUACAGAUCUUGUUUGGGGUGUUUAAUUAUCAGUUAACCAAACAUCCACUAAUGAAAAACGUUUUAUCUCUUAUCCAAGGCAGAAAUUAAAGUAAUGGCAAAAAAGUUCUGUCAGUACUUGAUAUAAUCGAAUGUUUUUUAUUGGCCCUUUUAAAUAUAAAACUUCUGAGCAAUCCCAUGCCUGUUCACAAUGAUGAAUAAGUUCAUUGGUCAGCAUUUUAUCACUUUUGGUGAAAAGUUCCAAGUGAAAUGGAAAAUAGUCAAAUCCAGAUCAACAAAGUUUGAUUUUUUCUCCCCAAGUGAUUUCUCAGCAACUAACUCUCUAAUACUGAAAUCAGAUUUAAUAGUGGAAAGAUGGUGUCUGUAACUCGAUAACUUUUCUAAGGAUACACUCUCAGCAUAGGAGGCAAUAGCCUUAAUAAAACACCUUGUCUUGCCAUUGGUGAAGGGUUUGCUGUGAUAAGACAAGACUUAAGGUCACUUCUUUCUGUUCAUCAGGUCACUUUUUCUUCUAUUGCAUCUUGCAAAUAUAGGUUUUGGUUCACUAUGACAGGCAGGCAUAGAAUGAUAACAAAAACAUACAUAGAAGAAGGCGAGUUUCU